UAUACUAUUAAUAAAUGGACUCUCUGUUUACAACUCAUGCCUUAUCUCACCAGACUACAAACUAUGUCUAUCCAAACCUUGCAACCACCAUCUACAACAACUGAUCCCUACCAAUUCCUCAAAAUCCAACACAAUCACAACGAUACACUAACUCGAAAUCUUGAAGAUCCACACACUUUACCUUCAUCAGAUACUACUCUCCCAAUCUCUGUUCUAACCAAAGACAUCACCAUCAAUAACUCAAACCAAACAUGGCUUCGGUUAUUCCUACCUAAAAACACAACAUUUUCAAACAAAAACAACAAAUUUCUACCACUUAUUGUUUUCUUCCAUGGAGGUGGCUUCAUCCUUCUAAGUGCAGCCUCCACGAGGUUCCACAACUUUUGUGUUGAAAUGGCUGAAACUGUGGAGGCCGUCGUCGCAUCGGUUGAAUAUCGCCUCGCACCGGAGCACCGGUUGCCGGCAGCAUACGAUGAUGCUAUGGAAGCAUUGAGUUUGAUUAGAACUAGUGAAGAUGAAUGGUUGACUAAAUAUGUUGAUUAUUCUAAAUGUUUUCUAAUGGGAAAUAGUGCUGGAGCUAGCAUUGCCUACCAUGCAGGACUACGUGUGGUUGAAAAUGUAAAAGAUUUGGAGCCAUUGAAAAUUCAAGGGCUGAUAUUGCAUCAACCGUUUUUUGGUGGGAUCCAGAGGACUGAAUCAGAGGUGAGAUUAGAGAAUGAUCCUGUUUUUCCAUUGUGUGUUAGUGAUAUGAUGUGGGAAUUAGCAUUACCAAUUGGAGUUGAUCGUGAUCACGAGUAUUCCAAUCUAAUAGUUGGAAAUGAUAUUGAUGAAAAAUUUGAGAAGAUUAAGGAUCAAGGGUGGAAGGUGUUGGUGAGUAUGAACGGUGGAGAUCUAUUGGUAGAUCGUAAUAAAGAGUUGGUGAAACUGAUGAAGGAGAAGGGUGUGGACGUGGUGGUGGAUUAUCAAGAAGGUGGUUUUCAUGGUAUUGAAUUUUUUGAGGCAUCUAUAACAAAGAACUUCAUUUUGAGGGUUUUGGAAUUGAAUUGAAUGAGAUGGAAUGAAAUAAAAUAAACUUAAAUUUUGUUGUUUGGAUUAAUUAAAAAUGGAUGGAAUUGAGCAGAAUCGGAUGGAAUGCAUUUCAUUCCAUUUCAUCCCUUUUCAUCAUUUUUUGUAUCCUUUAAUUUGGUCGGAAUGAUAAAAUUAUUCUCUUCUGUCAUGAAAUCCUCAAACAAUGGAAUGAUAUCUUUAUUUCAUUUCAUUAUGUUCCGCUCCUUUCCGCUCCAUUUGUUUUAUCGUAUCCAAAUAUAGCUUAGGGUUAACCACUACACAAAAAUAAGUAAUGAUAAUUUUCUGUCAUCUCAGUUAUUAUCCUUUAUUUCAACAUGUAAUAUGGAUAUAUUCUUAAGAGUUAAAUGAGCAUCGGUGAAUGUACUAUGGAUAUGUGAUGUGUAUCGUUAAUUUUUCUAUGUGAUCUUAACACUA